GGCUGCCCAUGUGGCCCCUAUAUCCACACAAGCACAGCCCUUACCCAGCCUCCCUCCCUGUGUCCCCCCCCCGCACCCCUCCCCACAGGGGGCUCAUCCCAAGCCCGGCGCCUGCAGCGCAACCGCUCGCGGGCCGCCUCGGGGGGCCCGGCCCCCCCAAAGGAGCGCUCCGAGAACCUCUCCCUGCGCCGCAGCAUCAGCGACAUGAACCUGAGCACGCGGCGCCGCAGGGACCGCAAGGCCGUGCUCAGCGUGGCGGGGGGGGACCCCACCGCCGCCCCCCCCGGCCCCGACGGGACCCCCCCGGCCCCCGGCCCCGAUGGAGCCGCCGGAGGUGGGGGCGAGGAGGAGGAAGGGGGGGACGGCGCCAGCCUGGAGCAGCUCUCGCAGUGCCUCAUCCAGCCCCCCCAGCAUCACCCCUACUUCCUGCUGCUGCAGGGCUAUGGCAAGCAGGACUUCGUGCUCUACGUCAUGACUCGCUCCCAGCACAUCUUCGGGCGCCGGGGCCCCCCCGAACGCCCCCCCCAGGGCUCCCCCCCUUCCAUUGACACCUUCCUCAACGCCCCGGACAUCCUCCCCCGCCACUGCCUCGUGCGGGCCCCCCCAGGGGCCCCCGCCACCGUGCGGCCGUACCGGGGGGCGCCGGUGACCCAUAACGGGGUCCCUUUGUUCCGCCGGGCCCCAUUGAACCCCGGGGACCUAUUGGGGCUGGGGCAGCACUUCCUCUUGCUCUAUAAGGACCCCCGGGGGGGGGGUCCCGAAGAGCAGAGCCCCCCCUGGCUGCCGGCGCUGCGCUGCGAGGGCUGCAGUACCGGCAGGGGCCGGAGGGAGGCGCUGCGGUACCGGGCGGAGCACGAGGAGCGGCUCCUGCGGGAGAUCGUGCGGGAGCCGUGGGGUGCGGGGGGGGCCCCGCAGGGGAUGGGGGUCCUGGCCCCCGCUUUCCUGCUGGGGCUGUGCCUGGAGCACGCCUGGAGCGCGUUCCCCCCCCAGCACCUCCCGCAGCUGCUGACGAGGAUCGCGGGGCUGGUGAAGGAGGAAGUCUGGGAGAAGAUCAAGGAGAUUGGGGACCGGCAGCCGGAGAACGAUGGGGACCCCUCAGCGCAGGGGCCGGAGGUGCUGGGCCCCGACCUGCGCCCGCUCACGCUGUGGUUGGCCAACGCCACGGAGCUGCUGAACCUGGCCCAGGCCCGGGUGCUGGAGCUGGAGAAGGAGCUGGAGCUGGAGGGGCCCUGCCCGGAGCUCAGCAGGGACCUGGAGACGUGCGAUGAGGCCAUGGGCGUCCUGGAUGAGGUCAUCAUGUCCACCUUCCAGCAGACCGUCUAUUACCUGACCAAGCGCCUUUACGCGACGCUGCCGGCGCUGCUGGAGGCGAACCCGUUCGCGGCGCCGCUGGAGGCGGGCGCGGGCCCGGGCCCGGAGCCGCUGCGCGUCCCCGAUGGGGUGAGCCCCACACUGGGGGUGUUCCAGAGCGCGCUGGAGCUGAGCCGGGGCUGCCGCCUGCACCCCGACCUCGUGUCCCAGACCUUCGGGUACCUCUUCUUCUUCUGCAACGCAUCCCUGUUCAACUCCCUCAUGGAGAGAGGGGGCGCCCUGUUCCAGUGGGGCCGCGCCGUGCGGCUCCGCACCACUCUGGACCUGGUGCUGGACUCUGUGGCCGCAAUGGGGCUGGGCGACGUCGCCUCUGAGUUCUUCCAGAAGCUUUCGGCAGCCUCCAACCUGCUCUGCACCCCCAGGGCCUGCCUCAGCAAGGUGGGGAUGCACUGGGAGUCAAUUUCAAUGGGUUUCAAUGGGCUGAGCCCGGCUCAGCUCCACCACAUCCUGAGCCAUUACCAGCUUGGGGGGGGCCAGGCCCCGCCCCCCGCCUGGAGCCCCGCCCCCGAGGAGCGCGACCAGGUCACGGCAGGUGACAUCUUUGAGAGCUUCUCCGAGCACCCCCCCCUGCUGCUGCCCAGCCGGGGCUUCCUGCUGCGGGCGGGGGGGGGGAACGCCGAUGACGAGAGCGGAGGGGGGGUCCCCGAGGACAAAGGGGGGGUCCCCGGAGGAGGGGGGGCUCCUGCAGGCCCUGUGCCGCGUGCGCCGCCUGCUCCGGGACCUGGAGCAGGGUGAGGUCCCUGCCAACCAACGGGGGCUGCCCCGGGAGGGGGCUCCAUAGGGACCCCCCCACCCCACCCCCGGCACCCUAUGGAUCCAUAG